AUGCAUGUAACGAUCACUCCACAAACUUAUAGGUUUCUGAUUACCAUUCCUUUAGCUGACGACACCUUAUUGAUCUUGCUAACAUCCCAAUCAAGCCUGUAUAGCUCACGACCAACACCUCAAUGGCUUAUAGAGCUCUUCCAAACUGCUCCGCCCCCUUCUGCCCUGGAUCAUCAGCCAUACUCGGUGUUAGUAGUUUAUGAUUGCAAUGACCUUGGAAAUACAGGCUUGUUUGGUAAACUGAUUAAAGAGCUUACUGAAAUUGCGAACUUAAAAUACUUGGAGCUCAAAAGAAGGGUAGGGCCAUGUCGAAGAUCGUCAUCUGAAAGCCAUCAUAACAAUGGCAAUUGUUCAUAAGUUGGAUAAACGAGAGGAGCAAUUACACAAAUUUUGAGCUCAAUCAAGUUUCGUGUUUCUUUCCAACAAGCCUUUAGUUUGAUAGUAUUGUGUUUUGAGUAUUUGUACAACAUUUAGACUUAUUACAUGUUUUUUAAUAUGGUUGUGAUUUAAAUGUAUUGAGAAUAUUAUUUUUAGACAAG